UCCACUGUGAUAUUUCAAACGUUAAUAUUUCUAGUAGUAAAAUAUCUAAUGUUAGCGAUGAUGUUUUAUUAGAGUUAUUGGUACCAGAUGAUCCCUGUAAACAGUAUGAUGAGAAAGAUAUUGUCAAUUAUACAGGUAACCAUAUCCUGUUAUCCAAUAUGUCUACCACGGAUUGUACCAGGGGAUUUUGGUAUUCUAAAGAAAAAUAUUCAUCAACAAUAGUUUCACAGUUUGAUCUGGUAUGUCAGAGAAAGGUUUGGAAGAGUACGUCCAAGACGGUGUUUUUCUUAGGAAGAUUAUGUGGAGCCGUUUCAUUUGGUCAGCUGUCAGACAGAUUUGGUCGACGUCCUAUGUUUUUUGUUGGUGCUGCUAUAUUGUUAGUAGCUGGAAGUAUUGCUGCCGCUGCUCAAAACAUAUAUAUGUUUUUACCGAUGUAUUUUCUACAAGGUCUAGCACAUACAGGAAUAUUCCUUGUAGCGUUUACACUGUCUACAGAACUUGUUGGACCAAAGUAUCGUCUGUUUGUUGGUAUCAUGAAUCAGAUGUUCUAUUCUGUUGGUUAUAUGACGUUAUCUGGCAUGGCGUAUUUAUUACGAGACUGGAGAUAUCUAGAACUAGCUAUAACUCUACCUGUUGUACUUUUUGCAACAUACUGGUGGUUUCUACCGGAAUCUGUUCGUUGGUUACUGUCUCACAAUAGGAACGAAGACGCUCAAAAAUAUCUCCAGGAAGCCGCCGCUACAAACGGCACAAAACUACCACCGUCAAUCACAGAAAGCCUCCAAGACGGCAAGACAGUAGAAAAGAGUAGAACGUAUCAUUUCCUAGAUUUAGUUAGAACAUGGGCCAUGGCUAAAAUCACUCUUAAUAUUUGCUUUAAUUGGUUUGUAAAUGCUUUGGUCUACUACGGAUUGUCGUUAAACACAGAAAAUUUAGCCGGUGAUCCGUAUCUGAACUUCUGUAUAGCUGGAGCGGUGGAAAUACCGGCGUAUAUAUUAUGUAUAGUAUUUUUAAACAAAGUAGGAAGAAGGAUACCAUUAGUAAUAUCGAUGUGUGUUGGUGGCAUCGCCUGCAUAUUAUCAGGAACUAUUCCUAUUAAUGAUAAUUCAGAUAUAAAAACACUGACAAUUGUUUUGGCUAUGACUGGAAAGUUUUUCAUAACCGCAUCGUAUGCUAUUGUAUAUCUAUUGGCUUCCGAAGUUUAUCCUACUGUUGUACGGAAUAUCGGGAUGGGAGUAUCAUCAAUGUCGGCACGUAUUGCUGGUAUACUGGUUCCUACCAUGUUAGAUUUAAAGUCGAUCUGGACACCGUUGCCACUAGUUAUGUUUGGUAGUCUAUCUAUAGUAGCUGGUAUUUUGGCGAUGCUGUUACCAGAAACCACGGGCAAACCGCUUCCUCAACUAUUGGAAGAUGUAUCAAACAAAAACAGAAAACGGUAA